AUGUGCGAGAUUAACCAGACGCAGAUCACAUACGUAAAACUACUCGGAUUUCGAGGUCUUUAUACAUUUAAAAUUCAAUUUUUUAUCUUAUUUCUACUAACAUACGUGCUGAUAUUCACUGGAAAUACUUUAAUAAUUAUUUUAGUGACAACUGUUGAUCAACUUAAAACUCCAAUGUACCUCUUUCUCAAGCACUUGGCUACGACUGAUGUCCUAAUGACCACCAGUGUGGUGCCCAUGACACUGGACAUCAUUGUCAAAGAUGAAGGAGAAAUAUCACUGGUUGGCUGCAUUAUUCAGCUUUACUGUUUUGCUAUUUUUGGUUGUUUGCAAAGUUUUCUUAUUGCUGUCAUGUCCUACGAUCGGUAUUUGGCCAUCUGCAACCCAUUACGGUAUUCAUCCCUUAUGAACCCCAAUGUCAUUUCUCCACUGAUCGUUGGGUUGUGGGUCUUAGUUAUUGUUUUAUUAUCAAGUGAAGUGAUUGGGUUAUUUCAAAUGAAUUACUGUGGACGGAAUUCUAUAGACCACUUUUUCUGUGAUUUCAGCCCAGUAGUUGAAUUGUCCACCUCGGACACUUCUGCGUUUAUGCUGCAUGAUUUUAUUAUUUCACUCUUCACAUUUGUUUUUCCAUUUGCUGUUAUUGUUAUUACAUACAUCUGCAUCAUAGUCACUAUUCUGAGGAUAUCUUCCACCUUUGGGCGAAGAAAAGCCUUCUCCACUUGUGGUACCCAUUUGUCCAUGGUUUGUGCUUAUUAUGGAACAAUAAUCAUUGUGUAUGUGGCCCAAGAUAGGUCAACGGGCACAAAUAAAUAUAGAUCCCUCUUGUACACUGUGGUGUCUCCAUUGAUGAAUCCGAUCAUAUACAGCUUGAGAAACCAUGAAAUCAAGAGCGCUCUACAAAAAGUGCUGGCUGACUUUAAGGUCAACAAAUAACGUAACUUUUUUAA